AUGGAGGAGGGCCUGAACCUGAAAGUGAAGGUGGAGGAGGAAUGGUCGUCUUCGUCUUCCUCUGCUUCUUCUUCUUCUUCCCCAAUGCCAAUGGAGCUGAGGCUGGGCCAGAACAAUCUCAACCAGGCGGGGCCUGCUCCCCCAUUCCUGAUGAAGACAUACGAGAUGGUGGAGGAUCCCUCGACGGAUGCAGUCAUCUCAUGGAGCCUGUCCAAGAACAGCUUCAUAGUCUGGGACUAUCACAAGCUCUCCACCACUCUCCUCCCCAGAUACUUCAAGCAUGCCAACUUCUCCAGCUUCAUUCGCCAGCUCAACACAUACGGCUUCAGGAAGGUGGAUCCAGACAGAUGGGAAUUUGCCAAUGAAGGGUUUCUAAGAGGGCACAAGUAUCUCCUCACCACAAUCAGGCGCCGGACGAAUGCCAAUGCCAAUGCAGCCAGAGCCGGCUGCUGCGUCGACCAGGGAUGCAGCUACCUGGCCGGGGCAGGGACCGAGCAGGAGCUCGCCAGGCUGAAACGGGACCGCAGCCUGUUGACGGCAGAGAUACUCAAACUGAAGCACCAGCAGCACAAGUCGAUGCAGAGAAUCAUGGCAAUGGAAGAACGAAUCGACAGCACGGCCAAAAAGCAGCAGCAGAUGAUGAGUUUCCUCGCCCGGGCCUUCAAAAACCCUUCUUUCCUUCAGCACUACAUCCACAAGUAUGCAAUGAUGCGCGACAUGUGCAUCAAAGUAGGCCACAAGAGAAGACUGACCAUGAGCCCCAGCCCCAGUGUCGACAACCUAGAGGAGGUUGUGACCAUUGAUGAUGAAGCAAGUAGCGAUGUGAAGUCGGGUGCGGCAGAGAAUAUAUGGGAGGAGUUACUAAGUGAUGAUCGCGCCGAAGAAUGGCUUGGCGGAGAUGAACCAGCAGAUGUGGAAAUCGAAGAGUUGACUGCUCAAACACCCGAUCAGUGGGACGAGGAUUUACAGGACCUCGUCCAUCAGAUGGGAUUUCUUUAG